UGGUUGCAUUUUAACUUGUUCUUCACCAGCACCAGCUCAGUAUUUAUAAGCUUGUACUACAAAAAACAUGUUAAGAGGUUAGACCGAUAGUUUUCUGUCACUUUGUGAGACAUGUAAACGAACACGCCGGCGACAGUUAAUUAUGUGGAGGAGUUUGCCUUUUCUUGCUUUAUUUUGGUGCUUCUGUGAAACUUCUGGCGCUUAUAUCAUCACAGUUGACGCGAAACAACCAGAAAGAGAGCUCAGACCAUUCUGGAGAAGCACUGGCUUCUGCCCUCCACUCCCUCACACCCAGGCUGACCAGUUUGACCUGAGCACCGACCAGCAGCUGAAUUUGGCUUAUGUGGGCUCGGUCCCUCACGGAGGGAUCCGGCAAGUUAGGAUCCACUGGAUGCUGGAGCUGGUCACUUUACAACAUGUUGGAGGAAAACCUCAGUAUAACUUCACUAAACUGGAUGAGCUGAUAGAACUGCUGUCAGAUAAUGGGCUCCAACCAGGUUUUGAAUUGAUGGGCAGCGUCUCAAACUACUUCACUGACCUGGAGGAUAAAGCCCAAGUGGUUGAAUGGAGAAAUCUGGUUUAUCUCAUAGCCAAGAGAUACAUUGACAAAUACGGCCUAGGAAGAGUUUUUCAGUGGAACUUUGAAACGUGGAACGAGCCCAAUAAUCAUGACUUUGAUAACGUCACCAUGUCCAUUCAAGGGUUUCUAAAUUACUACGAUGCGUGUUCGGAGGGGCUGCGCGCUGCCAGCCCGCUCCUGAGGUUCGGCGGUCCCGGAGACUCUUGCCAUUCUGCCCCCCGCUCUCCGUACUGCUGGGCCAUGCUGCAGCACUGCUACAACGGCACCAAUUACUUCACCGGAGAGACGGGCGUCAGGAUCGACUACAUCGCCCUGCACAAGAAGGGAGGGGGCUUCUCUUUGCCCAUUCUCCAGCAGGAGCUCCAGACAGUAGGGGAGAUCCAGGAGCGCUUCCCCAGCUUCCGCAGCGUCCCCGUCUACAACGAUGAGGCCGACCCUCUGGUGGGAUGGUCCAAACCUCAGGAAUGGAGGGCUGACGUGACGUAUGCUGCAAUGGUGGUAAAAAUAAUAAAGCAGCACCAGGAUCUGCUUCUGGCUAACCCCAAUAACACCAUCAACUACACCCUUCUGAGCAACGACAACGCCUUCAUGAGUUACCACCCGCACCCCUUCACUCAGCGCACGCUGACCGCUCGUUUCCAGGUCAACAACACCCGGCCGCCUCAUGUCCAGCUCGUCCGGAAGCCCGUCCUCACCGUCAUGGGCCUGCUGGCUCUGCUAGGAGAAACACAAGUCCUGGCUCAGGUUUUAAACUCUGGACAUGAAGAAAACAGCACCGUGGGCGUUCUCGCCAGCACCCACAGACCCAUGAUCCAUGGUGGGUCCGACAGCUGGCAGGCGGCCAUCCUGGUCUACAACAGCGACGACAACAGCACUUCCCAACGCAUCGAUGACGUUACAGUCGAGCUGAAAGGACUAGCUGAGCAGAAGGGUCUGGUGUAUGUCACCUACUACCUGGACAAUAAUGUUACCAACCCGCACCAGCUGUGGCAGAGCAUGGGCAGCCCCGACUUCCCCACCGCGCAGCAGUUCAGAUGCCUCAGGAGCGUGGAGGACCCCCGGAUCGACGGACCUCAGAUAUUUCGUCCUGGCGACACACUGACUCUAAAAGCCAAACUGUCCGUUCCCUCCGUCCUCCUCGUCCAUGUUUGUGCCCGGCCUGAGGUCGGACCAGACCAGGUCAAUGGUUUGCGCUUCAUCCGGAUCACCAAAGGCCAAGUCCUCGUUAUCUGGUCAGAUCACUGUGUUGGUUCAAAAUGCAUCAAGACGUUUGAAGUAGAAUUUUCUACGGACCAGAAGGAAUUCAGUCGGGUUAAUGCUCAGGACACCAUUUUUACGUCUUAUGUCCACUCACCAGUGGACCAGACGGUUGGGGGUCUGUACCGAGUCCGAGCUGUGGACUACUGGGGGCGGCCCGGACCCUACUCUCUGCCGGAGAGGUUUUCAGAUGGGGAGUAGAAGGUGUAAAUGCAAACAGUAGCACAUUUUAGAGACGUUUAGUCUGCUGAUUUCCAUUUGUGGCUUGUUGAGCGAAAUCACACCUCAGAAGACGUUACAGACGCAUCUGACUUCUUUACGAACAUAAAAAAAACUCACAUAUUGAAUUAUUGCUAUUUUAUAUGA